AAUAUUCGUGAAUAAGGCCUUCAUCGAGCAACGUAUUGGAGGCCUUAUUAAUAUUUAUAACCCAAACCUUCGUCAUAGUAACUUCGCAUUAAGUUGACUAGUCGCGCGCCGAGCUCAUCGAGUUGCAGCGUCAUUGCGGGCUGCUGUUGAGUGAAGUUAGAAGACACUCAAAUCUUCCGCACCCCAACUUUAACCCGGCCUUUGGAGUUGAGCUGAAUACAGAACAAGUAAACCGAAAGAUGCCCGUAUUUACAGUGAAUGUGAAAUGGGGGAAGGAGAAGUUUGAUUCGGUGGAGCUGAAUACAGAGGAGCCACCCAUGGUGUUCAAAGCCCAGCUUUUCGCUCUAACGGGGGUUCAGCCAGAGAGACAGAAAGUCAUGGUGAAAGGUGGAACGCUGAAGGAUGACGAGUGGGGCAACAUCAAGUUGAAAAAUGGGAUGACUCUUCUGAUGAUGGGCUCUGCUGACGCCCUGCCUGAAGAGCCUGUAGUGCGACCCAUGUUUGUGGAGGACAUGACGGAGGAGCAGCUUGCAUCUGCGAUGGAGUUGCCAUGUGGAUUGACAAAUCUGGGCAACACAUGUUACAUGAACGCAACAGUGCAGUGUCUACGCUCUGUGCCUGAGCUCAAAGACGCUCUCAGGAGGUACUCUGGUGCCUUGCGGUCUUCUGGAGCUAAUGCACCUUCCCAGUACAUCACAACAGCUCUGCGUGAUUUGUACGAGUCCAUGGAUAAGACCGCAUCAAGCAUUCCCCCCAUCAUCCUGCUGCAGUUCCUGCACAUGGCCUUUCCACAGUUUGCCGAAAAAGGAGACCAGGGCCAGUACCUCCAGCAGGAUGCCAAUGAGUGCUGGGUUCAGGUUAUGCGGGUCCUUCAGCAGAAAUUAGAAUCUCAAGAACCAGAAACCCCACUGGACACUGACGGUGAUAGUGGAGCCGCUGCCGCCUCAAAAAAGAAGAAUUUCAUCGAUCGGUAUUUUGGUGUUGAAUUUGAAACGACUAUGAAGUGUACUGAGUCAGAGGAUGAGGAUCCGACUAAAGGCACAGAAAACCAGCUGCAGCUUAGCUGCUUCAUCAAUCAGGAAGUCAAAUAUCUCGCCACUGGACUCAGAUUGAGGCUACAGGAGGACAUUACAAAGUUGUCCCCAUCCUUACAAAGAAAUGCCCUCUAUAUCAAAUCGUCCAAAAUCAGCCGUCUCCCGGCAUACCUCACGAUUCAGAUGGUCCGGUUCUUUUACAAAGAAAAAGAGUCAGUGAAUGCCAAAGUCCUUAAGGAUGUCAAAUUUCCUCUUAUGCUGGACGUCUAUGAGCUGUGCACUGCUGGAGUGCAGGAGAAGAUGGUUUCUGUGAGGUCAAAGUUCAAGGAGGUUGAAGACAAGAAACUGGAGAUGCAGCAGCAGCCGAAAGAGAAUCAGAAGGUUGGAGCUCCAAAGGAAACAAAAUAUGAACCUUUCUGUUUUUCUGACGAUUUGGGCUCCAACAACAGUGGUUACUACGACCUGCAAGCGGUUCUGACGCAUCAGGGCCGAUCCAGUUCAUCUGGCCACUACGUCGGCUGGGUUAAAAGGAAAGAAGAUGAAUGGGUGAAGUUUGACGAUGAUAAGGUCAGCGUUGUGACCCCUGAGGAUAUCUUGAAGCUGUCUGGUGGUGGUGAUUGGCAUAUAGCAUACGUCCUUCUGUAUGGCCCUCGACGUCUGGAGAUACUGGAGUAACAAUGGUUCACAGAGGAAACUUAAACCAUAAUUGCCAUUUCAGAGCACUGUCUGUAUAGAUGUGCAAAUAAAUUUGUGUCUUUAAAAACA